AUGACAACAAGGACAGCUACUACGAGCGUAUCCGAGCUUCUCCCAGUCAAUGCCGUUAGUAUUGCGAGGAGGAUGAUCAGUGCACAGGCUAUGAGACAGAGAAUGCACGAUCUUACGUGCUAUGUAAAAGAAACAUACUACCUGGAAAUUCCACACUAUGUCGAGUACGAAUAUGAUGUAGACGAGCACCGUGCCUGUCGCGGAACCAAGGGGAAACAUGACAAUGACGAAGACUACUACAAGCUAGUUAAACUUUCCGGGUCUGAUUGCCGGAAAGAGUGUGGUCUCAAUCCAUGGUGCACGGGAUACGAGGCUGGCACGAACAAUCGGUGCGAGUUGUGGUCGCAAUUUAUCGGGGACAACCUUCCUAAAAAUUCGGGGUUAACAUGCUACACCAAGCAAAAGUACUUCGAUUAA